AACCCAUAGAAAAUGCUGCUGACAAUGAAAAGCGUCCACAGUUUGGCACACGUUUACUCAAGGAUGACGCCGAUGUAUAUAAGCACAACGCCUGGUAAAUAUCUGCAACGUUGCUUUGCCAGCAAAACUUGGGAACACACCCGCAAGCGCAAGAAACCGGGUGGAGCUGGUAAUCGCAUACUCAGCGAUGCGCGGGAGGUGUUCGAGUUUAAUGCAUGGGACCACGUGGAAUGGGAUACAGAGCAGGAGGAAGCUGCCCAAGCAGCUGUUGCAAAGAAUUCAACUAUAAAGAUGAGCGAUGAUCAGCGAGAACGUUUUCAAUCGGAAGCGCCGAAGUUUUGGGACUCGUUUUAUGGCAUACACGAUAAUCGCUUCUUCAAAGAUCGCCAUUGGCUCUUCACGGAAUUUCCCGAACUAGCGCCCAUUUCGAACAACGAGCACUCAGAACCACGCAGCAUCUUUGAAUUGGGUUGUGGGGUGGGCAAUACCAUUUUGCCCAUACUCCAAUACAGUACCGAAACCCAGCUGAGAGUAUAUGGCUGUGACUUUUCGGCACGCGCCAUCGAGAUACUCCGUAGUCAACCGCAAUUCGAUGACAAGCGGUGCGAGGUCUUUGUCAUGGAUGCCACGCAGGAAGAAUGGAAUGUUCCAUUCGAGGAAAACUCACAGGACAUUAUUGUCAUGAUCUUUGUACUCUCCGCCAUAGAGCCAUCGAAAAUGCAGGGUGUGUUAGAUAAUUGCUAUCGCUACCUUAAACCAGGCGGUUUAUUAAUGUUUCGGGACUACGGACGCUACGAUCUGGCGCAAUUGCGCUUCAAGAGCGGCAAAUGCCUGGAGGAUAAUUUCUAUGUGCGUGGCGAUGGCACUAUGGUCUAUUUCUUUACGGAACAGGAGCUGCGCAGCAUGCAAACCAAGGCUGGACUAGUGGAGGAGCAGCUUAUAGUAGACAGACGGUUACAGGUCAACCGAGGACGUUGUCUGAAGAUGUAUCGUGUUUGGAUACAGACGAAGUUCCGGAAGCCUCUCUUAAAGUCGUAGAAAUCAAUGCCACUCGUUAGUUGAUAUAGUUAGGACUAUAAGAAAAAGCUACUCGUUAGUUCUGAUUCAUUGAGCUUUUGUACUCGUCCUUAAAUGUUGUGCGAGCUUUUUCCCAAAUACACAUAACAGUUAGAAAAGCUGCCAGUUUUCGCAGUUGGCUAAAAACGUCGUAAGUGAAAAUUUUCUUUGUGCUAAGCAAAUUUUGAAAAACAAGGGCCAGAGGAUUCCUUCACACACAGCGCUGCUUGCAAAAGGUUGUCGUGGCAAGUGGUACCCGCACAUACACACACACUCUCUCAGUCACUCACACACACGCAUCUGCCUGCCAGUUAUUUCCCCGUUUGUUGCCUGUGUGUUGGAGCUGAGCGUUUUCAUUGAGGAAAAGCUCACAAAGAGCGCGAGGCGAGCGAGCGAGAGAGAAAGAGAAUUUAACGGUCAGCAAGGAAAGAGAGAGAGAGAGAGCGAGGAGAGCGAGAGAGCAUUGCCAGCGAUAACAAAAACAACGAAUAGCCAGAGUUUAGCUGCACUCAGCGACCUCCCCUCCGGCAUCCGGCAGCAACCCCCAACGAAAGACAUUUUGGCCAAGUGCAUAAAAGUCCACGGGACACGGACAACGGACACAGUCAGCCGUCAUCGCAAUUCGAGUCCAAGACUCUGGGCAAAGUUCAAAUUUGUUAAUACAACAACAAUAACAGCAGCGGCUGUUAAAA